CAAGGGGGCGGGGUCCGAGGGCGCGCUGGGAAAGGCGGGAGAGCUGCGCCCAGGUAUGUUCUUCCAUAAGGGCAGGGCGGCCGAUAGGGCAGCGGCCGAGCAGCCGGAGGAGGAGGCAGACAAGAAGAUGCCACUGUCGCCGCCACCUCAGGGCGACCACGGGGAGUCCAGCCCGUCCAGGACCCCUAAGAAGCACACCCCCUUCCAUAUCUGGCGCUCCAAGAAGAAGCAGCAGCCUCCGCCGUCUGACUGUGGGGUGUUCGUCCCGCACCCGCCCCGGGCGCCCCCGGGUGAGGCCAGAGCUUUGGAAGGCGUGGAUGGAGGCCCUGUGGCUCUGGGGUUCCAGGAAUUUACACUGCACUGUGGGGAAUCUCAGUUCUUUUACACCACCAGCGAGGGGCCUGGUCCUUUACCUACAGAGUCUGGAAUGUUCAAAAAGUCCAGAGCACUACCACCAGAAGAGAACAAAAGGAAGCCAGUUUUGGGGAAACUUGGCAACCUGUUCACGGCAGGAAGGAGAAGGAACACCAGAAACGGGUUAGAGAGUGCCACCAGUUCAAAUGCCAAAUCCCUCGCCUCUCCCAAAGAUGUAAGCUCUCCCAGACUCCCUGAAAGAGAGAAUGAGAAGAGUAAAUCUCAGGGCAGCCAACCGGAGCAAACAGACACGUGCGAGGAGGGCUCCCCCCAGGAGCCGGAGGGCGCGCACUCCGAGAGCAGCGUGCAGGCCGCGCCCCCGGACGCCGAGCUGUCACCUUGCUCGAGUAGCCGGUCAGCGGCGGCGGCUGUGCAGCAGUGCCAUGAGGGUGAUUCAGCCCAGUUAGAACCUCUGGAGGCUGAGGGAGAGACUUGCCCAGAUGCCACCAUCGCUGCCAAGCAGCUGCAUUCCUCACUAGAGAAUUCCUCCAGGCAAGAGAACGCAGAGACGCUCGCCCGCAGUCCUGGGGAGGACGCUUCGCCCGGCGCUGGCUGCGAGCAGGAGGCAACCCAGGCUGCGAGGGGGGUGCCGGGGUCGCCCACCGGGGAGCAGCCCGCGGGAGGACAAGCCCCCCGCGUGUGUGCCAAAGGAGGCUCUCUCGAGCCCCAAGACACGUGCAGCCAGUCCCCUGAGGACGCACCUGCACCACCAGGUGACCCUCCCGCCGAGGGCGCAGAGAACUGGGCGAGCUCGGCGCAGGCAAACGGCAAAGCCGGGCCCCGAGGGGAAGACAGCCGACCCGGCGAGCGCGCCCAUCCCGCCAAAGUGUUAACUUUGGACAUCUACUUGAGGAAGACCGAGGCGGUGCAGGAGGACGAGGCGGUCGUGGUUACUCCCGGGGCAGAGGAUCGCGGCGACUCCGACGACAUGGAUAAGAGGUCAGGCGGCCGCCGGUCGGGGAGGCGGAGGAGGUCGCGGAGAUCCACCGACUCCCCCGGCGCAGACCCGGCGCUGCCCGACUGCACGGCGAGGGACGACGCGGUGUUCGACGACGAGGUGGCGCCAAACGCGGCCGCCGAGAACGUCUCCGCGGAAAAGAAAGUGAAAUCUCCGCGGGCGGCCCCCGACGGGGGCGUUGCCGCGGCUGCGAGCCCGGAGUCCAAGCCCAGCCCCGGCUCCAAAGGGCAGCUCCGAGGGGAGUCGGAGCGGAGCAACCAGCCGCCGCCGGCCUCGUCCCCGACCAAGAGGAGGGGCAGGAGCCGCGUCCCGGAGCCCGGGCUCACCCCGCCCGCCAGCAGCCCGCGGGCUCCCGCCAAGGAGUCUCCACCCAAGAGGGCGCCCGAGCCCGGCCCGGCCGCCAAGGGCGCCCCCGGGGAGAGCGGGGAGGCGGCGGCCCGGGUCAUCCCCCGCGAGCUCACGGUCAAGAGCAGCUCGCUGCUGCCGGAGAUCAAGCCCGAGCACAAGAGGGGCCCGCUCCCCAACCACUUCGACGGCCGGGGAGAAGGAAGUCGAAGCAGAGAGCUGAGCAGAUUGGCCGGAGGUUCUGACGCCGACGGUUUGAAGCCCAGGAACCAUUUCGGUGCGGGCCGGUCGACGGUGACCACUAAAGUGACCCUCCCUGCCAAGCCCAAACAUGUGGAACUAAAUCUUAAAACUGCUAAGAAUUUUGACAGUUUGGGAAAUGAGCAUAAUCCAUUUAGCCAGCCAGUUCAUAAAGGAAACACUGCCACUAAAAUCUCCUUAUUUGAAAACAAACGGGCCAACAGUAGCCCAAGACACAUUGACAUUCGAGGCACAAGGAACACUCCUGCCUCUAAUAAAACAUUUGUUGGGAGGGCAAAGCUGAAUUUAGCCAAAAAAUCCAAGGAAAUGGAGCAACUUGAAAAGAAAGGAGUGCCAAACAGUCACCAGAAUGGUGAGCUGGUGAAGGAAACCUCUGCAGAAACCAAAGUUACUCUCCCUGAAGAGGAGAUUCUACCAUCGACCGAGAGUCCCGGUGUAAAAGGAAUGGAAGGCGAGCCUACCGAGGGUCUACCACUUGCUUCUCAGCUUAACCAAGGUGACAAAGCAGAUGUGCAAACAGAUGCUGGCUGCCCUUCCGAACCAGUGGUUACUGCUCUGAUUCCUGAUAAGGACCAUAAGCUCUUAGGAGAAGAUGAGGCAAAGGCUGCUGACAGCAAAAGACUUGCACUUGAAAAUAUGACUGAUACACCACAAGACAUCCCCGCCAUUCUUGAUACAAAAGAUUCACCUCCAACAGCCACAUCAAAGCUACAGGAUACAUUUUCUGACUCCCAGCCCCCAGCCGAGUCCUCUAAUGGGCCUUCUCUUCCACUGCCUGCACCCAUUCCUGCGGAUGUUCCCGAAGAUGCCUGUGCUCAGGCUCCCAUAAGCAAUUUUCCAUGCACUGAUCUAAAAGUGUCAGAAAACCAUAAUGGAAGUAUUUUGCCUGUGUCUCAUCAGAACAAUGAGGAAAUGCCCUGCUCCAAAGUUGCAGAGGAAGGAGAAGGAGGAGAAGCAAGCCCUUCUUUGUCUACAGAGCACAGCCCAGAAGCUGUGGGAAAUGAGUGUCCAUCCAAGGUCCUUGUCCAGGUCAGGUCCUUCGUGCUCCCCAUGGAGAGCACCCAGGAUGUCAGCUCCCAGCUCAUCUCAGAUGGCUCUGAAGUUAAAGAAGUGCAGUUGCCAAGUUGUCACAAUAAUGAACUUGAAGUGGUUUCCGUUGCAAGCUCUGCUCCCCAGAAAAAGGAAGAACUGGGCAAUAAGAGCACGUCCCCCACAGACAUGCACUGCAAAGAGGAACAUGUAGCAAAAUCUGGCCCACAAGUCAUGCCGCCAGAAGCAGAGAAAACUCUACCUAUCCAGGCUGAAAGUCGGGGCAACAGAAAACCCCCAAAGGCUGAAUCCAGCCCCACCAACUCCGCUGGCAGCAGAAAUCAUUUAGAAACCCCUCAAAGACCAGAUCAAAAUGUUGUGAAUGGUCAGGACAGCCCUGCCAGUCUUUUGAACAUUUCUGCUGGUAGUGAUGAUAGUGUGUUUGACUCUUCUUCUGAUAUGGAGAAAUUCACUGAAAUCAUAAAAAAGAUGGAUAGCGCAGUUUGUAUGCCCCAGAAGAAAAAGAAGCCCAGGGUGCCAAACUCUCCUGCCCCUCACUUUGCCAUGCCUCCUAUUCAUGAGGACAAUUUAGAAAAGGUGUUUGAUCCCAACGUGUUUACCUUUGGUUUGGGGAAGAAAAAGGAAAGCCAGCAGGAAAUGUCGCCGGCUUUACAGCUGAUGCAGAACCUUGACCCAAAAUCCAAACUGAGGCCCAAACGUUUGUCCACUGAACAGAGUGUCCUCAUCAAGUCCUUGCACACCCCCACGAAUGGGAAAGAUGAACCUCUGGCGGCUCCAGAAAUAAAUGACAAAGAGAACAGGGAUGUCACAAACGGUGGGGUUAAGAGAUCUAGGCUUGAAAAAAGUGCCCUUUUCUCAAGCAUGUUAUCUUCUUUACCACAAGACAAAAUCUUUUCUCCCUCUGUGACAUCAGUCAAUACCAUGACCACAUCUUUCAGCACUUCUCAAAGCAGUUCUCUUUCUCGGUCUUCCAUGUUACAGCCUGUGGCCGAGGGUGCCCCACCCUGCGAUUCAGACAAAGAUCAGCCAAACCUUCCACCCAGCAACUUAAAGGUCUUCAAUUUCAACUCCUCAAAUACAUCUCAUUCGGGUUUGAAAAGUCCAAGCUACAUGGAAAAAUACCUGCAAAAAGAGGAAACCAAAAAAGAUCUGGAUUCACAAAGUAACCUUCCCUUGCCAGAAACUAAAUUUUCUGAAUUUUCAAAACUGAAGAACAAUGAUGAUACGGAAAAGGCUAAUCAUAUUGAAAGUGUUCUUAAAUCUAACUUGCCGACCUAUGGAAACAGUGACACAGACUUCACGAGUCUUUUCAAAUCCAGCCGGUUUGACCCAAACAUUUCUUUUUCUGGAUUGUCAUUAUCAGAUACAACAACACUUAGAGGAAGUGUCCAAAAUAAAAUCAAUCCCCGGCCUGGAAAGCUGGUGAUAUAUAGUGAACCAGAGGUCUCUGAAGCGUGCAUUGAGGUUUUCAGUGACAUGCAGGAUUGCAGCUCUUGGAGCCUCUCUCCCGUCAUCCUCGUCAAAGUCGUCAGAGGAUGUUGGAUUUUGUAUGAGAAACCAAAUUUUGAAGGGCACUCCAUCCCUUUAGAAGAAGGAGAAUUGGAACUGUCUGGUCUCUGGGGUAUAGAGGAUGUUUUGGAAAGAAACGACGAGGCAGAGUCUGCUCAGCCCGUGGUGAUUGGUUCAAUGAGACUUGUGGUCCAGGAUUAUAGAGUUAGUCAAAUUGACUUAUUUACUGAACCAGAAGGGCUAGGACUCCUAAAUUCCUACUUUGAUGAUACUGAAGAAAUGCAGGGGUUUGGUGUAAUGCAGAAGACUUGUUCCAUUAAAGUACAUUGGGGCACAUGGCUGAUUUAUGAAGAACCUGGAUUUCAGGGUGUCCCUUUUAUCCUGGAACCUGGGGAAUACCCUGACUUAUCCUUCUGGGACACAGAAGCAGCGUACAUUGGAUCCAUGCGGCCUCUGAAAAUGGGUGGCCGUAAAGUUGAAUUCCCUACAGAUCCUAAGGUAGUUAUUUAUGAAAAGCCUUUCUUUGAAGGAAAAUGUAUGGAACUAGAAACAGAAAUGUGUAGUUUUAUCAUGGAAGGAGGAGAAACAGAAGAAAAGACUGGAGAUGAGCAUUCGCCACUGACCUCAGUGGGAUCUAUGAAAGUUCUAAGAGGCAUUUGGGUUGCUUAUGAGAAGCCUGGAUUUACAGGUCAUCAGUAUUUGCUUGAAGAAGGAGAAUACAAGGACUGGAAAGAUUGGGGAGGUUACAACGGAGAACUGCAGUCUUUACGACCUAUAUUAGGUGAUUUUUCAAAUGCUCACAUGAUAAUGUACAGUGAAAAAAACUUUGGAUCCAAAGGUGCCAGUAUUGAUGUAUUAGGAAUUGUUGCUGAUUUAAAGGAGACCGGUUAUGGAGCGAAGACACAGUCUAUUAACGUACUGAGUGGAGUAUGGAUAGCCUAUGAAAAUCCUGACUUCACAGGAGAACAGUAUAUACUAGAUAAAGGCUUUUAUACCAGUUUUGAGGACUGGGGAGGCAAAAAUUGCAAGAUCUCCUCUGUUCAACCCAUAUGUUUGGAUUCUUUCACUGGCCCAAGGAGACGAAAUCAGAUUCACUUGUUUUCGGAACCACAGUUUCAAGGUCACAGUCAAAGUUUUGAAGAGACAACAAGUCAAAUUGAUGAUUCAUUUUCUACCAAGUCUUGCAGAGUUUUAGGAGGCAGCUGGGUUGCAUAUGAUGGAGAAAACUUCUCUGGUAAUCAGUACGUGUUGGAAGAAGGCCACUAUCCUUGUCUCUCUGCAAUGGGAUGCCUGCCUGGAGCAACUUUCAAGUCUCUUCGUUUUAUAGAUGUUGAAUUUUCUGAACCAACAAUUAUUCUUUUCGAAAGAGAAGACUUCAAAGGGAAAAAGAUUGAACUUAAUGCAGAAACAGUUAAUCUCCGAUCCCUGGGAUUCAACCCGAAGAUCCGCUCUGUGCAGGUGAUCGGUGGCAUAUGGGUUACUUACGAAUACGGCAAUUACCGGGGGCGGCAGUUCCUCCUGUCACCAGCAGAAGUACCUAAUUGGUAUGAAUUCAGUGGCUGUCACCAAAUAGGUUCUCUACGACCUUUCCCUCAGAAACGAAUUUAUUUCAGACUUCGAAACAAAGCAACGGGGUUAUUCAUGUCAACCAAUGGAAACUUAGAGGAUCUGAAGCUCCUGAGAGUACAGGUUAUGGAGGAUGUUGGUGCCGAUGAUCAGAUUUGGAUUUAUCAAGAAGGAUGCAUCAGAUGCAGGAUAGCAGAGGACUGCUGCCUGACGAUUGUGGGGAGCCUAGUAACCUCUGGCUCUAAACUGGGCCUGGCCCUUGACCAGAAUGUCGACAGUCAGUUCUGGAGCAUCAAGUCGGAUGGCAGGAUCUACAGCAGGUUGAAGCCAAAUUUAGUUUUAGAUAUCAAAGGAGGUGCACAGUAUGAUCAAAAUCACAUCAUUCUCAACACUGUCAGCAGAGAGAAGUUUACACAAGUGUGGGAAGCCAUGGUCCUAUAGCCGUGAAGGAAGAAUGCAGGUUUUCCAGCUACCUUACAAAAAACACAAGGACUGCUGAUGGCAGAGCCGAGAGGAACGUGGAUCUGCUCCUUCAGCAACUCUGAAUUCCCUCUAGAAUCACACUGCUGUGACAGAGACCACUGUCUCAUCUUCUCCAAAGACUGUAAUAGUUUUAAACCAAUAAUUUGUCCUUCUCUCAUUUCCUGCCUUUCAUUUCCUUUCAGUAGCUGCUUAAACAAGUUGCCUCAUUUGCAGCUUUUGGGUGUUUUUUAAAAAAUGUUCUAUCAAGACUUUAAGACUGUACAUUUUAAAUUAUUUCCAAAGAUUGUGACAGGAGAGAAGAGGAACAAAUUUGCCAACUUCGUGGACCUACAAUCCCUUCCCCUUUAAAGGGCAGGAUAAAAGUUUUGAGUUUGUAUGGAAGACUGUUUAGCAUCUGCGAAGAAAUGACUGAUUAGGCCUGAGAUUUUGGUCCCUGACCUUCUGUUUUCAGGAAUUAUGCUGUAUAGCAAAGUGGGGAAAGCCUUAUAUAUGCAGACAUAUUGUAAGGAACUAAGUAUACACAAAACACUAUUUUCUUUCUGUUUAAUAUUAAAAAUCAGUAAAUUUACAAGAUUUCAUGUCCAUGUCUGCUAACAUUUAUUAGCAGGAUUUGGAUUAUUUUAACUUACCUGUGGGCUGCCCUAGAAUGUCACAAAUGAGUGUUGACUGCUUUGCUUCCAGAUGCUACUGGAAGAGUAUUACCAUGGCUUAACAUAUUAGGCCAUCCUCCCUCAUCUACAACUAGUUCUGAAGCAAUGUUAUGCAAUCCUUUGCUAAACUCAGGUCUUUUAGCCUAAUUUCCUGCCCUCCUAUCGAAAGGCCUGCCUGGGGCUACCUUCCCUGGAAUGUUCCACGGCCUGUGCUCCAUGACUGCUGGUGGGACAGCCUCAGGUCUCAGGGUGUUGAAGCCCCUGUGUCACUUAUUUCUAUUAAAUAGCAGAAAUGACAGGGGUGGAAGGCUCAAGGGGAUGACUGGCAAGUCUCUCCAGAAAGGGAAGGAAAGGAGGCCUUAAGCAAUGCUUACUGGUCAAAUCUUAGAACUCUGAAAACCCUGAAAUGCAGGAAGCAUGUCAAUGCAAGUUGAAAAUGUUUAACUGCUGACAAUACACUGGCCCACAUGGUGCUGUUCAAACAGUGCCUUCUAGUUUUGAACAAAACUGCUAAACAUGCCUUGAAGACACUCUUUCUUUUUUUGUCCUCAUUUCGUUGUCCUUGUCACUGAAUACUGGUGCUCUCGUCACAGGAAGAACAAAUCUUGUUUCCCUGUUUUCUGUUCGUGUGUUUCCACCUCCAAAAAUGCUGAUCCUCUCUGGAGUCUGUGGUAGGCAAUUACGGUCAUCAGAGAAGCUUAUCUUCAGUUUUACAAUAACGUUUGCACAUGUCCCACAGCAGCCAACAUGGCUGUCUUAUUCUUAGAUGUAUAGCUCUGAUUUUAGGCCUCUGUACAGAUCAUUACAGUAGGGUGGGGUAAGACAUUCUACAAUACCCUGUGUUGAAUUUUAUCUCUUGAAUAAACUUGUUUCUGGUUAA